AUGGGCAGCAUCACCCCCAGCAACAGCAACAGCAAUAGCAUCACCACGGGCAAAAGCAAUAGCUACACCACCCGCCUCCUUGCCCGCCAAAACAUCAUAACCAACACCUCCGGCCUCUCCCCCGGCUCCCUGCAAGCCAACCUCAUGAUCCUCCCCUCCCGCUACGCCCCAGACUUCCACGCCCUCUGCCUCCGCAACCCCGUCCCCUGCCCUCUCCUCGGCAUCAUCCCCCAGGGCAAUCCGCACACCGUCUCCCCAGCAGCCUGCAUCAUCAAUCCCGACUUUGACCUCCGCACCGACUGCCCGCAGUACCGCGUCUACCAGUCCGGCCGCCACAUCGCAUCCAGAAAGGAUCUCACGGAUGUAUACACCGUCGACCACGUAGGCUUUCUUCUCGGCUGCUCGUUCAGUUUCGAGGAUGCGCUGUGCGAAGCCGGGUUAACGCCUAGACAUCAGAUUACCGGCCGCGUGGUGGCCAUGUAUCGGACUACUGUCCCGCUCAUGCCUGCGGGCGUGUUCAGCGAGGCGUGCAUGGUUGUUUCGAUGAGGCCGUAUAAGAUGUCUGAUGUGGAGCGGGUGAGGGAGGUGACGAGGCCGUACGGAGCGACGCAUGGCGAGCCGGUUGCGUGGGGGUGGGACGGGGCGGAGAGGCUGGGGAUUAAGGAUAUUAAGACACCGGAUUGGGGCGAAGCGCAGGUGUUUGAGGAGGGGGAGGUGCCUGUCUUUUGGGCGUGUGGGGUGACGCCGCAGUUGGCGGUUGAGAUGGCGGGCGAGAAGAUCGAGGGACUGGUGUUUUCGCAUGAGCCAGGGAAUAUGCUCGUUACGGACUGGACGGCGGGGGAUCUGGAGGCGCUGAGAGAGAGGGCUGGGAUUGCGUUGCCUGUGUAG